UUUAGCUGGCGUGCCAUUUUAUUCAAAGUGAAGACAGGGAGCGGUAUAUAGCUAGAUUCUAAAAACGGCACGAUUGUCUACGAGCCUCCGUUCAUCGGAUUGAUUCUUCUCUGCAAUUAAGCACCGUCGCACUCUUUCUCAGUCCAUCGAUAUUCGAUUGAUCGAUGCGGCGUUCUCGUUUAAUCGCCCAAGUUUUCUCCGACUUUGCAUUCGCUGACGCCUCCACUACUUGUGCUCCCAUCGUCGCCAUGUCCAGUCGCGCUCCGUACAGAGGUGGCCGAGGGCGAGGCCGAGGCCGAGGGAGAAGUUUCUCCGAUCGUCCGUACAACGACGGAGGAAGAGAUCAGUUCGUGACUGUAGAAUCGCAUUUCCAGUCAGUCCAUGACGCUAAUCUCGGACUCCGGCAUGGGAGCAGAGGAUCCUCAUCGAAUCACGAUCCUCGUCGUUUCAACAAUGGUGAACCAUAUCGACAAUUUCAGCCUCCGCUAACUCAGCAGCAGCAGCAGCAGCCUUUCCAUCAACCGCCGUUCAAUCAGAACUACGGAUUCCGGCCACCGCCUCAUCGAGGUCAAUGGCAGCCUAAUCAUUCGCCGUCCAGCCAAAGCUAUUCGGCUUGCCCUCCCCCUCCGUUCUAUCAAAACCAGAUGUCUCGGCCGCCUCCGCAGCGGAGCUUCCGUCAACGGCCACGGUCAAAACCCUCGGAUUACCGAGAAUGGGAAUAUGCCAAAACGGCACCGCCUCCUGGGUCCGAAAAGUUUGUUGUUUUAUCGUAUAACAUAUUGGCGGAUUACCUUGCUAAUGAUCACUGGAGAAAUCUUUACUUUCAUAUACCGAGAAAUAUGUUGAGUUGGGGAUGGAGAAAGAACAAAUUAGUGUUCGAGCUUGGCCUAUGGUCUGCAGAUAUAAUGUGCCUCCAGGAAGUUGAUAAAUUUCAGGACUUAGAGGAGGAGAUGAAGAUCCGGGGAUACAGUGGCAUUUGGAAGAUGCGGACGGGAAAUGCUGUUGACGGCUGUGCAAUAUUUUGGCGAUCAAAUAGAUUCAAGUUGGUUCAUGAAGAAAGCAUCCAGUUCAAUCAACUUGGCCUCCGGGAUAAUGUUGCCCAGAUAUGUGUGCUUGAGACACUGUUGAAUUCACAUACAAAAGAAAUUGAGGUCUCCCCAUCUGAAAGCUGUUCCCGCCGAGUCGUCAUUUGUAAUAUUCACGUGCUUUUUAAUCCUAAAAGAGGAGACUUUAAACUUGGUCAGGUCAGAACACUCUUAGAGAGAGCUCAUGCUGUUUCGAAACUCUGGGAUGAUGCGCCUGUUGUUCUAUGUGGGGAUUUCAAUUGUACACCAAAGAGUCAUUUGUACAACUUUAUUUCGGAGCGGAAGUUGGAUUUGUCUGGUUUGGCCAGAGACAAAGUUUCGGGGCAAGAUUCUGCUGCAAUUCGUCCACCACGACCAGAAAUUUAUAGAACGAGGCCUAUUCAAUUUAAUAGGGUUCAGUCCGCCAAUAAAUCUCCACAAGGUCAAGUUCAACGACAAGAUUUGAUCGCAAAUGCUCGUAUGGAAAAUAACUCCAACAAAGAUAUUGAGAAGACCCCCUCCAGAAACACAUCUGAGCUUCCAUGUGGUACUACAAAUCUUGCUAGUCACGAAGCCACCUCCAGCUCUGGAGUAUUACCAAGCGAGGAUUCGGCCCCAGUUUGUAAUCUCGGAAUAGAAAACAGAAAACGUGAUGACUCCGGGCAUCUCUCGAUAGCUGAAGAAGAUCCUUCUUCAGUAACCAAAUCAGAUCCAGAACCUUCACAUGCUUCCAAUGCUAAAGAGGAAUUAAGAGAGAAACUUUCAGCAAGUUCUGUUUUGUCAGCAACAGAGCAUUAUCCUGAGGAAAUUGUGUCGAGUGCUCAAAAUAUAUCCUCUAGUCUCUCUGCCAAUGUUGAAAAUAUGGUCGAGAUGAAACUAGAUGGCUUAACAUUGGAUGAACCAGUUGUAUUCGCACUAGACGAAGAAGGUAUAGGUGAAGAUGGGGAAACCUUUUUGGCUAAGCUACACAAUAAUGACCUGAGUCAAAAAGAGGAACUUGUGAAUGAAUUUUCAUGUAAAUCGGAUUCGGAAGCUCUUGAUUACGGGAAAAUCACUUAUAAUCCGUCCGCUUGGACCCCAAUGGAGAUAGCAACUGCAACAGGUGACCCAGAAAAAAGUACGGUUGAACACGCUAUGGAGCUUAAAAGCACUUACUCGGAAAUUGAGGGUCAAGCGAACACAAGAGAUGAAAACGGAGAACCAGUAGUGACCAGUUAUCACAGAUGUUUCAUGGGGACAGUUGACUACAUAUGGCGGUCGGAAGGUCUACAAACAGUGCGUGUGCUAGCUCCAAUACCGAAACAAGCAAUGCAGUGGACACUAGGCUUCCCGACUCCAAAAUGGGGAAGCGAUCACAUUGCACUGGUUUCAGAGUUGGCCUUUUGCAGCAGCAAGAGUCCGCCUAAAAGCUGAUACUUAAACAUGUGGUGACUGUCAAAAUAAUUUAUUUUAGUUAGAAGUCUCUUCAGCUGUAGUAUGUUUUCUGCAUGCUGUGAAAAUAACAUGUAAAACAACCAAUUAUUGAUAGACCAAUCUGCCAGGAUUUAGACAUUGUACACAGUUUUUUGGUAUUUUAUAUGGUUCUGAUAA